GAGUACCGCUGCGCGACUGAGCGGCUCUCCGCGGAACAAUGGCGACUCAAACCCCGGGAGCAGCACAGAGCGGGGCGGGCGGCAGCUCCGCUUUCAGCCGGAAAAAAGAUGGGGAUCCAUGUUGUAAGUUCUGGGAGAGUGUGGAGACGGUGGCGCAGCUGGAAACGGUCCGCAGCUGGAUUGGAAAACAUUACAAAAAGUAUGUGCAGACUGAUGCUCCUUCUGGUAAGUCUCUCUCAGGGCUGAUUAUCCAGCUUCUACAGUUUCAGGAGGAUGCUUUUGGCCGCAGAGCAAGCAACCCUGGCCUCACAAAACUGCCGGCAAAGUGCUUUUUGGACAUGAAGCCUGCUGGUGCUCUUUGUCACAUCCUUGGCUCCGCAUAUAAAUUUAAGACAGAGCAAGGCUGGCGCCGCUUUGACAUGCAGAAUCCAUCCCGAUUUGACCGCAACAUAGAAAUGUUCGUCAGUGUGGAGAAAACCCUGUUACAGAAUAACCUGCUGAGCAGACCUGUGGUGUAUCUGUCCCCUGAGAUAGAACAGAAACAGGCCAGCAAACUCAACGACAUCAUCACACGUCAUCAGGGUUCAGUCACGGAAGAUAAGUUACAGGCCACCCAUCAAAUCUACCCCUUUCCCAUCUUAGCUGAUGAAGAAGAGUGGCUUAGACCCAUCAUGCGGGUAGAUCAAGAUGUGAUGGUACACUGGGGCAUGUACCCAGAUAGUUAUGAUACAUUGAUGUCAGUCAGUGAUAUUGAUGCAGAUGUAGAGGAAGCCCCCAGUCUAGAUCGGCCAUGGAAGGUACAUGCUAAAUGGGUUCUUGACACGGACACAUAUAAUGAGUGGAUGAACGAGGAAGACUAUGAGGUGGAUGACAGUAAAAGGAGUAUGAGCUACCGACGGCGCAUUUACCCACGAGAUGAGGAGGAGCACAAGGUGUCUGGGAAGAAGAGGAGGCGCUCCCCUUCUCCAUCUUCAUCUGAGUCCAGGAAGAAAGGAGGAAAGAAAGGUUCAGGGUUGUAUAAGAGGCGUGGCCAGCAGGAGGAGGAGCCAGAGGAGGACUUGACAAAAGACAUGGAGGACCCAACACCUGUGCCUAACAUGGAAGAGGUCAUGCUGCCUAAAAAUGUAAACAUGAAGAAGGACAGUGAGAACACACCAGUGAAAGGGGGGACCAUGGCUGACUUAGACGAUCAGGAGGAUGAAUUCCUAUCUGGUGUCAGGGAUGAGGAGGAUCAGGGUAGAGAGUUUGGCCGUGCGUUGGAUUGUGAGGAGAGUGCUACAGAGCAGACUCACCACAUCAUCAUACCCAGCUACACCUCGUGGUUCGACUACAACUGUAUUCAUCGAAUAGAGAGGAGAGCACUGCCUGAGUUCUUCAAUGGGAAGAACAAGUCCAAAUCACCUGAGAUAUAUCUGGCGUAUCGUAACUUCAUGAUUGACACAUACCGACUGAACCCUCAAGAAUACCUGACCUCCACUUCCUGCAGGCGCAACCUUACAGGAGAUGUGUGUGCCCUUAUAAGGGUUCAUGCGUUCCUGGAGCAGUGGGGUUUGAUAAACUACCAGGUGGAUGCUGAGAGCAGACCUCUUCCUAUGGGCCCACCCCCAACACCACACUUUAAUGUUCUUACAGACUCACCGUCCGCCCUCGUUCCUCUACAACACAGACCGUUACAGGUUCCAGCCUCUCAGCAUAUGCUCCAUUUUCCAGAGAAGAGCAGAGAAAAACCUUCUGACUUGCAGAAUUUUGGACUGCGAACCGAUAUUUAUGCAAAGAAACAUCCCAAGACGAAAGGAGCAAAUGCAGGGCGAGAGUGGACAGAACAGGAGACGCUGUUGCUCUUGGAGGCGUUAGAGAUGUAUAAAGAUGACUGGAAUAAAGUCUCUGAGCAUGUGGGCAGCCGCACACAGGAUGAGUGUAUCCUGCACUUCUUGCGGUUGCCCAUAGAGGACCCUUACCUGGAGAACUCUGAAGCCUCUUUGGGCCCUCUAGCCUAUCAGCCUGUUCCCUUUAGCCAAUCAGGCAACCCUGUCAUGAGCACUGUGGCCUUCCUCGCUUCAGUAGUGGACCCCAGAGUGGCCUCUGCCGCUGCUAAAGCAGCCCUGGAGGAGUUCUCUCGAGUGAGAGAGGAAGCCCCUCCAGAGCUGUUCAACCCCAACAUCCGUAAAGUCCAAGAGCCUGGGAGGAGUCUAGCACGACUUGAUCCUGCUUUUGGGAUGCAGUCAAGUAACAUCUCAGGAUCUGAAUCUGAUCAACUGGAAAAGAGUGAUGGAUCCGGAAUGGAAAAAAUGGAAUUUGAGUCUGAACAGCAUGACAAGACUGUGGGAGAAAACAUCACAGGAGAGGGAGAGCGAGUGAAGAAUGAGGAAAGAGAUGAGAGUGAAGGAGAAAAAGGAGAGGAGAACACAGCAGAAGAAGCGUUGGAGGUGGACCAGACUCAAGGAGAAGAGGAAGACAGAGGAAGGAGGAAGGAGCUUGAGUUGGUUGAAGCAAAUAUUGCUACAGCUGCUGCUGCUGCGUUGGCCUCUGCAGCCACCAAAGCCAAACAUUUGGCUGCAGUUGAGGAGAGAAAGAUUAAGUCUCUGGUGGCUUUGCUGGUUGAGACUCAAAUGAAGAAGCUGGAGAUCAAACUGAGGCACUUUGAGGAGCUGGAAACCAUCAUGGACCGAGAAAAAGAGGCGCUGGAGCAGCAGAGGCAGCAAUUGCUGUCAGAGAGGCAGAACUUCCACAUGGAGCAGGUGAAGUAUGCUGAGCUAAAAGCUCGACAGCACCUGGAGCAGCAGCAGCAACAGCAGCAGCCUGGAGCCUCACAGAGUGGUGGAACGGUGUAUAACCCUGUACAUCAUGGUCGUGCAAUUGGCAGUGGAGGAGCAGGGCAAAUGAUAGGUUCCCGACAUGCCGGUGCCCCUAACGGCAUGUACCCAACUCCACCUUCCUCACAAUCUGAAGGGGCCACACCCAUCUCCCGAGCUCCAGUGGAGAGCUGAAGCCACAUCCUUUAAUAACCUUCCUGGUUAUCUUAAACAUAUCCAGUCAAUCCAGACACGUAAAACCAUUUCCUCUGACUGUGAGUCAUACACUCACAUCUAAUACAGUCCAAUCCGUCAAACUUUAGUCAUUUCUGAAGAACAGUACUGCCAUUUUGACAAAUUGUUUCAUGUUACAGUUCUUGUCAUGCAAUGGACGUGUGCAGACUUUAGUCAUUUGUAAACGUUAUUUUAUGCUACAUUGACUUGAAGAAGUAUGUGUGGCUUUUUGUUGGCUGUUUAGUCUGCACUCAAUGUUUGUAGCUUGGUUUUGUAUUGAAUCAGAACUAGCACUCAUGAAAAAUGGAAAAAAAAAUCAAGGCUCAAUAAAUUUUUUAUUAAACUUA